CAACGAAUUUGGAAUUGUUUACAAUAUUCAGUUCACUAUGAAAAGGGAGAAUAUAAAUCACAGUUAAGGAACAUCAGAUUUUAUUAAGGUCUGUUGGUAGAGGAGUAAUAGUUUCACUGAAUCUUUUCCAUGUAUUUAUUUUUGAGACACGGCCUUGCUGUGGAGCCCAGGACUCAUUAGAUCAACAAAGGUAGACCUCCGGCUUACGGCUUGUCCUCAGACCUGUCUCUGGAAUGCAGGACCUACAAAUGUGGGCCAGCUUUAUCCUCAGGUCUUUAGAUGAGCGGGAAGGGAUGGGGGUGGGAGUGGCUUUUCCAGGAUUUGAAAUAAAAACGGAAGUGCACACCUAGGGCAAGUUUCUGUCCUGCUUCUCACCUCGCUAACCUAACAUAGGUCGUUAUUCCUGGCCAGCUCGCAACUCGAAGCAACACCUCUAUGGCUCUGCAUUUCUUUUUUCUUUUUUUCGGAGCUGGGGACCGAACCCAGGGCCUUGCGCUUGCUAGGCAAGCGCUCUACCACUGAGCUAAAUCCCCAACCCCUGGCUCUGCAUUUCUAAGGCUACAGAAUCCUCAUCUUUCAACCCAUCAGCUUGCGUUUCCAGAGGGCCCUUCAACCUGGCAUCCAUUUUCCGCGUUGUUCUGGGCAUCGGGAACACAAGCGCAAGGCUUGGAUGGCCUGAGUUACCAGAAACAAUUUGUAAGGGUCCUUGGAGAUUCCUGCAUCUAAGACAAAGCUGGAAAGUCGCAGCAGGCAGUGUUAUGGUAAUUAUAGGCUUCUCAGAUCGGUAAAAUCCCAUCGGUUUCAAGUUUCUCUUUAACAGGAAAUCAGACUAAAACUGGCCUCCGUUAUCAAUCGAGUUUGUACGGGACCUCGUGGCUCAGUUGCUGAAAAGGAACCCUAACUAUUCCUUCCCAGACCCUUGAGUACUUCUCUUUGCCAAUCAACACUUCGGGAAAGACCUCAGUCUUGCUCCGCCCAUCGCUGUGUGUGUGAAGGCAAAGAUUAGGGGCGGGACGGGGCGGGGCAGGGGGCUCUGGAAACCUGACUCCAGAGCGGGUUCCUGAAGCUGGGGACUGACUCCCGGCUCACAGAGGCAGUGGUGGCGGAGGCAGCAGGAGCGCGGCUUUGUGGCGCGCGCAGGUUCCACUGGGUGUCUUGGAGUCGUAGCCACCCGGGGUACUCUGCCUGGCAGCGGGUGUCGCAUGGCCAGCCCCGCGCGAUCUGGCUUCCCGGCGCGCACGAAUUGCCGUCUGGACGCGUUCUUGCGGCGGCACCUGCCUCCGGAGGUGUACGACGCGGUCCGCGCCUAUGAGCCGUGCAUCGUGGUGUCGGACGCCGAGAAGCACUCGUUCAAGUACGUGGUGCUGAGCGACCGACUCAUCUACCUGACCGAGAACCCGCCCAAGUCCAUCCGGCGGGUCGUGGCCCUGCGGGACGUCGUGGCCAUUGACUUGAUUGACGAUUACCCAGAGUUUCUGAAUUCACCAGACAGAGAGAUCAACCAGCACAUUCGAAUCAUCUAUUCUUCAACAGUCUUGAAAAAGGAGCGCGGGAAAGCGAAAGGUGUCCGGAAAUUCCUGUUUCCAGUUCACCACAGCAAUGCUAACAGAAAGGUUAAGCAAGAGAAUAAUGCCCCUACCUUUUGGAGAAGAAAAGUUUAUAGAAGUCAGAAUGAAUCCUCUCUCAGGUCCCAGCAGGAGAGCAACACUCCAUUCAAGGACCCAACUCCCCAUCCUUCAGACCUUAAGCAACUGUCCCCUGCAAGCCAAGGCGCCUCUCGGCCUUUGCCUACCCUCUCUAGUUGCCAGUCUGGGGCAGCUACUGACAUGCCUACCUGCUCCCUAUCUCUUGCAUCAAACACAGAAGAACCCCAGGAGCUUCCAGAUCCCAGAGACUUCCCAAGAGAAGGCUCUUUCAGGUUUGAUAGGAACGAAAGUGUGUUUGGCUUAGGAAGUUCUCUCCCAGCGUCUCCUUCGAACAGCUGUUCGAGCCUAGAGAAGGAGGAGUCAGAACUUCACCUGUAUAUUAUUUCUGCAACCUCGUCCAUAUUUCUGCACCUAAAGAGUUCGUGGAACAACUACAUUAUAAGAGCCACUCUUUUACAAGAUCCUCUGUGUGGCACUGCGCAAAGUCAUGUCCUCAGGAAUCGGAAGCCAUACAGGUCUGAGGAGAAAAUUAAGCAGUUCUGUCAACUGAAGUCUGAACUUUUUCUUAAAGACAAUACUUUGAGGAAGAUAUUGUAUUUAAUUGUGGAACUUAGAGUGGCAGCGCAGAGAAGUUUCAUUCUAAAAAGACUUUUCUGGAAAACCAGUGAGCUUUUCUACUUCCUAGUGAACAAACUUCAUGAAUAUUUGCCAGAGUCUAGGGAUAAGCGUGCAUUUCAGAACAAAAGCCAGAGGGCCGAUGAGCUCCUGGCAUGUAUUGAAAUUAUACAGACCCUAGGAUUGAUGUUCAGAGAAACAGAAAUUGAAUCCUCACGAUUGAACACAUUGGCAGCUAAGAAUUUCCCUCUUUAUCCGUUGUUGGUUGUUGUACUGGCUGGUUUUAUCACAGAGAAAGGAGCCUCCCUUGGGGAAAUGCCUCCAUGAGACCCAGCUCUCCUGCUUGAGUUCCAGUCCUGACUGCCUUUGGUGAUGAACAGCAGUGUGGAAGUGCAAGCCGGAUAAGCCCUUUCCUCCCCAGGCCGUGAUGUUUGUGCAGGAAUGGAAACCCCGACUGAGGCAGUUGUCUCUAUUCCUCCACUUCUAUGGCGCUGUGUGUUCACUCCCCGCCCUCCCUCCCCAGUGCUCCCAGGUGCCCCCUGUCUCACCUCUCCAUCCUCACAUCUUCCUCUUUCUGACUUGUUCCCAUAUUUAUACUUCGAAUGAACCUAGCCUAACCACUUACUUCUUCCGAUUACAGAAUCUACUUACCCUGUUACUUAGAAUUAGUAAUCGGUAGACAUACUUUAUAAAAUAGCUUUACUUGGAACCACCACAGCCUCCCUUAAAUCCCUCCCUGCUGAGCUUUCUGGGCUAGUGAACUCUGGAACUACACUUCCCUCAGAAUGCUUAAAAAAAAUACAUUCUCAUUUAAAUUUCUUUAAAAACAAAAAUCCACAAUAUACCUAUCAUUUCAAGGUAGUCACCUGCUUGUCUAAGUUAAGAAGUGUCGUUAGUUUGACUCCACCUGUUACUGCUUAGAAGAUUUCCCCAUUAAUGGCUUUUUGUGUU